AUCCUAGGCUACUAUUUCUGUUCUGCUUUCUUCUUCAUCUCAACCAUUUUUCUUAGAAUAUUACAUCUGUCAUACACAUAUAUUCUGAUCAAUCUUAUUUGAACGCCAUUUGUGUUGCCACUCUGAGCCUCCACCAGCUUCCCCGCACCGCGCUUCUGAACUGCUUGCUGAGCAAGUAACACCCAAUGUAUCGCUCAGGCUUCCUUGACCCAGACGCCAUGGACGGUAUCCUAAGCGGUGCCAUUCGUUACGGAGCACCCACCCGUCGAUUCGAUGAAUACUACAGAUGUUAUCCAGUGGCCAUGCUGCCCGGCCCUGUGCGAGAGAAUGUCAAUCACGGAGGCAAGGUGAUCAUGCCGCCUAGUGCUUUGGACAAGUUGACACGACUACACAUUACAUAUCCGAUGUUGUUUGAGUUGCAUAACGGAGCCAAGGAACGGAUGACACAUGCUGGUGUUUUGGAGUUUAUUGCAGAGGAGGGAAAGAUAUAUCUACCUUUCUGGUUGAUGCAAACUCUACUUCUAGAGCCAGGCGACUUGAUCCAGGUCAAAUCAACCGACCUCCCACCUGGCCGAUUCAUCAAACUUCAGCCCCAGUCAACCUCCUUCCUGGACAUAAGCGACCCGAAAGCAGUGCUAGAAAAUGCAUUCCGAAACUUCUCUUGCCUUACCAAAGGAGACGUGUUCACAUUCGCCUACAACGACCAAAUAUAUGAAAUUGCAGUUUUGGACGUCAAGCCAGACGGUGACAAGAAAGCUAUUUCAGUGCUAGAAACGGAUCUAGAAGUCGACUUUGCGCCUCCCGUGGGAUAUGAAGAACCGACUCGUACGAGCGGCACAAGCACACCACGCAGUGGUCAGAUUCCUGCGCUUCAUGGCGGUCUGGUUCAUUCUCAUGGAAGCAUGGCUCAAGCCAUCAACUACGCCGCUAUUGCCCCCGAGUCAAGCGACGUGACAAAGGGUGCCAAAGCAGUAUCAUCGAACUUUCUUUCUGGUGGACACCGACUGAAUGCCAAGAAGAGCAGCAAAACGCCUACCCCACAACCCAAUACACCCGUUGCAGGUAGCUCAACGAACCCUAAACAUCCGCCUCCUACACGAAAGACGAAUGGUCCACAACCACUACGCCUUGGGCCCAACAAACUCUUCUUUGGCUAUGCUAUCAAGCCAGUUCCAAAGCGUGACGAAGAGGGCAAGAUCAUCACAGAGGCUGACGACAAGCCCAAGUUUCAGGGACAAGGGCAGACGCUGCGAGCGCGGAAGAAGGGAACUGGGGGUGAUUCAGCAACACCAACAUCUGGAAGUGAUGUCGAAGGUCGAAAGCGAUAAACCUUUGCAAUCUACGUCUAUCAAAGCUAGAUCAUAGUAUCCUUUCUUCUUAUGUUUGAGCAUGGGAGGUGAAACGGCGUUCAGGCAGU